AUGGGGAUAGUUGAUGUCUGUCCCAUGGACUGGGUACACCAGUGGGCCUGACUGGAGAUGGGAGAAUGUUAUAGCAAGAAAUCUGUGGCCCCAGGGUCUGAAACCCUGGAGAGAAUCAGCACCACGUCUGCAAGUUCAGAGUCAAAUACACAACAAAGAAACAAAAAACCGAAACAGUCCCUGGAAACUGGACAGAUGGCAUUCACUUUGGCUCAACUGGAGGCCUUGGAGAUUUGCCUGAAGGAAGCGGAAGAAAAGGCUAAGUCCUUAUCUGAACAGCUUGCAGUCUCUGAAGGAACAAAAUUAAAACUGCUUGAGCAAGUUUCCUGGCUGGAGGAAAAACUAGAGACUCUGGACCAUAAGGAAGACAGUGGGGAACCAUACAAAAAGAUGAUUCUUGCAAAAGACCAGUGCAUUGAGAAAUUACAAGCUGAAGUGAAAGCUUCCCAAGAGCAACUUACAGCCCAUAAACUAAAGCACAAAAGGAAACUGAAAAAGCUGCAAACUGAUUUGGCAACAGCUAAGCAAGAGGCUGCCAUCACAGUCCUGGAACUCAACGAGAAGAUAAGGACUCUAUGCGAAGGGAAGCCAGCCCCUAGAGAAGACAACUCUCGGGAAGAGUCCAGUAGCGCCCUCCCGCCUGUGGAAGAAGGUGAUAGAAAAAUUAACCUGAUUGUGGAGUUGUCGACGCAGGUUUCCCUUCAGACUGAGAAGAUCACCCAGCUGGAAGAUGUUUUAGAGCAAAAGGAAAGAAAGAUUCAGCAGCUGGAAGCUGAGUGGGGAUCCCAGCCCUUCCAAGAGGUUGAGAACUCUCCAGAAUGUUUACAAGAAGCCCCGAUUUUCUUUAAUGAUAGUGUCACCCCUGUGGUCUCUGAUGAGGAUAUGUAAGGAUUCUCAGUAAGAAAAUAAUAAAUGUUUAUUAAGUGUCACCAGCGUAAAGUCCAGAACCCAGCUAGUCUCCCCAUUCGCAAACUCAAGUUCAAGAUGAUGGGUUUGAAUAUAUCCUAUAACAUUUGUAUUGGAAGGAAACAAAGCAAAGGGGAGUCUUCAGAAGCAAUUCCUGAAUAUUUCCUCUUCAGACAUCAGUAGUCAGGUAACCCACACACUCGUGGAACACUAUGUUUUUAAAUAUCCCAGAUAACCAUGGGACGGAGGAAAACACACUAC